AAAUUUGCCCAGACCAUGAUCUUUGCAAUCGAGGAAAUAAAUCAAAAUCCUGCAAUUCUCCCAAAUCACACACUGGGCUACAAGAUAUAUAAUUCCUGUGGAAUGACAAACAUCAUCAAGGCUGCUAUAGAGUUAGCCAGCGGGCACAGAGAGGUCAUAGAUGAGAGGAACUGCACAAAGGCUGACGCUGCCCUGGUUGUACUGGGCCACUCUGGCUCUGCACCCACCAUGGGAUUCGCUCGGGUUAUAGGACGAUUUCAGAUACCAGUGAUAAGCCACUUUGCAACCUGUGAAUGUCUGAGCAACAGAGAGGAGUUUCCAUCCUUCUUCCGAACCAUUCCCAGUGAUCUCCACCAGAGCCGAGCCUUAGCGAAGCUGGUCAGGCACUUCGGCUGGACCUGGGUGGGGGCUAUAAGCAAUAAAAAUGACUACGGCAUCAACGGGAUCACUUCGUUCAUACAAGCUGCGCAAGAAGAGGGGGUGUGCAUCGAGUAUUACCAGGCCUUUGAGCAGACGGGUCCUCUCAGCGAGUUGAGGAGAGUGGUUGAAACUGUGAAGCACUCCACCUCCAAAGUCAUUGUGGCCUUCAUGUCGCACAGAGAGGUUAAAGUGCUGGCAGCAGAGUUGCACAGACAGAAUAUCACGGGGCUGCAGUUUGUGGGCAGCGACGCCUGGAUCACAGAUCACUCUCUGACCGACAGCGAGGGGCACAGCAUCCUGGUGGGCUCACUGGGCUUUGUCGUCAGCCGAGCCCGGAUCCCGGGGCUGGAGGAGCACCUGAGGCGAGACUUCUGGGAAGAGACGUUCGACUGCUCUCUGGGCAACGACACAAACACACAAAGAAAGUGCAGCGGAUUGGAGAGCCUGCAGAAUGUUGAAACAUAUUUUACAGAUGUUUCAGAGCUCAGAUUCACAAACAAUGUGUACAAGUCGGUUUAUGCAGCUGCUCAUUCUCUGCAUAACUUGGUCACGUGUGAAGGGAAGAUGGGCCCAAAUCUGCAUUCGAUUCAUCCUCUCUCCUCUUUACAGGUGCUGCAUUAUUUACAGAAUAUCAACUUCACAACAACUCAAGGGGAGAGAGUGACCUUCGACCAGAAUGGAGAUUCACCAGCGAGAUAUGAACUCAUAAACUUGCAGCGUGUCACUUCAGGCACCGCGCAUGUUUCCACCGUCGGUGUUUUCGACGCCACUCUGCCCGGCGAGCGCCAGUUUGUCAUGAACGGCGUGAAGAUAGUUUGGGGUGGAGGAAGUUACACGGUGCCUGUGUCCGUGUGCAGUGAGAGCUGUCCCCCUGGAAAACGCAAAGCCCUGCAGAAAGGAAAACCUGUCUGCUGUUAUGACUGUGUGCCGUGCGCUGAAGGAGAAAUCAGCAAAAUUAAAGACUCUGUGGACUGCUUCAAAUGUCCCAUUGAUUACUGGCCGAACACCAGAGGAGACACGUGCAUCUUGAAGGAAAUUGAAUUUCUGUCCUAUGCAGAGUUCAUGGGGAUCAUUUUAACAUUCCUUUGUCUGCUGGGAGCAGUUCUGACCGUUGUGAUAGCAUUGGUGUUCUAUCACUUCCGGGAAUCUCCCAUUGUCAGGGCCAACAACUCGGAGCUGAGCUUCCUGCUGCUCUUCUCCCUGACGCUGUGCUUCCUGUGCUCCCUCACCUUCAUCGGCCGGCCCUCUGAGUGGUCCUGCAUGCUGCGGCACACUGCGUUCGGCAUCACCUUCGUCCUCUGCAUCUCUUGUGUCCUCGGGAAAACUAUAGUGGUGUUAAUGGCCUUCAGGGCGACACUUCCAGGCAGAAAUGUGAUGAAAUGGUUCGGGCCUGCACAGCAGAGACUCAGCGUUCUGGCGUUCACUCUCAUACAGGUUGUGAUUUGCAUUCUUUGGCUGACCAUCAAUCCUCCUUUUCCGUUCAAAAACAUGAACCACUAUAAGGAGAAGAUUAUACUGGAGUGUGCGCUGGGUUCAGCUGUCGGCUUCUGGGCUGUGUUAGGAUACAUCGGACUCUUAGCCAUUUUGUGUUUCGUUCUUGCUUUUUUGGCUCGAAAGCUUCCUGAUAAUUUCAACGAGGCUAAAUUCAUCACUUUCAGCAUGUUGAUAUUCUGCGCAGUCUGGAUCACAUUUAUCCCGGCUUACGUCAGCUCUCCUGGGAAGUUCACUGUGGCUGUGGAGAUAUUUGCUAUUCUAGCCUCAAGUUAUGGACUUAUUUUCUGUAUAUUUAUACCCAAAUGUUAUGUUAUUUUACUGAGACCAGAGCAAAAUACCAAAAAGCACAUGAUGGGCAAAACAAAAGAUAUUCAAUAUUGAUUUCUCAUAUUUAUAAUAGUCAAUUAAAGUUAUAAGAUUACAACAAAAUUGCAAUAAAAUUUACAAAAUACUGGAUUCCUAAUAUUAUAUAAAUGUAACACUGUAUGCAGUACAUA